UCUCCUUUUAAAAUCUUCCCGUUUUCCUCGAUACGGGAUGGGCACUAGCCACACCGAAACGCUCAAGAGGAUAUAUUGUCGUUGGGAAAGCCUCCCGCGUUCAAGACUGAAUAACAGCCUACUUUCUUCACUCCCCGCCCCCAAGUUAAAGAACAAUUGCAUUGACUUGCUGCGCUCUUAAGGGAAACAAAAAAAGUCUUGAUAGAAACUGAAAGCUCAAAGUGGUAUUUGAUCUAAGCCCUUGCCCGUGCGCCCUAGCUGAAAGCUACAAUAACGAACGGUGCGAGAAAAUGAGCGCGAGAUUGUUCGGUUGGCAACACGAGGGAAUUCAAACGGUCGCUCGCUGAACCGAAGCGGGUUGUCUGUCGACGUGAAGGGAUCGAAGAUGGAGGACGAAAACUUCAUCGAUACGAAUGCACCGUCCGAGGUCUCCAAGGAGAAAUCUUCACUGGACAGGGGAAAUGGAAGCUCGUCUCGAUCUAUUGAGGAUACAGACGAGAAUGAUAUCGAAGUAAACAUUCCUGAUAGCGACGCCGGGUUGGCGACCCGCACCACGGAACCUCUCAGAUACACUGCCACUGUCUCGAAACCUUUGGCGUUUCAGACCAAUUGGCGUUUUUUGAAUAAAUUUAAAGUACCAGACAAAGAAUCACGAGUGCCGAUAAGUAGCUUGUUCCGGCCACUGUCAAAGUUGGAAUUGCAAAUGGCGGGCGGGCCUAAAUGGAGGUGGAUCAGGCGGUGUGCCCUUGCUGCGUUUUGGCUGACUUGGACAAGUUUACUGGCAGCAGCUCUAGUGAUUAUUUUGGAGACGCCUGAGUGUAAACCUUCACCCAGCCUCAGAUGGUGGCAAAGAAAACCGAUGUAUCGUAUCGCACUGCAGUCUUACUACGAUACUAAUGGGGAUGGAGUCGGAGAUCUGCUUGGAAUUCAACGGAAGGUAGAAUAUAUUAAGAAGUUGCAUGUGGGUUCUAUUGUCAUUACACCCCUUAAUGGCAACAAGUUUAAUUCAACUGGUUUGCCAUUUGAUGGAAGAUUUGGCAAUAUCCAAGACUUAAAAUCACUGUUAAAAACAGCUGCAAAAUCUGAUAUUAAGGUUAUUCUUGAUCUUACUCCAAAUCCUGCAUCGAUUGAAGAGUACUCUUGGACUAACAUUGAUUUUGAUGAUCAUGAGAUGCUGGAAUGGUUAUUGUUUGUUAAAGGACAUAUUUCAUCUGCGACCACUAAAGAUGAUGUUGGAAUUAAAGACAGAUUGUUUAUGAUGCUUCUCUUUUCAAUUCCUGGGACUCCAAUCAUUUUUUAUGGUGAGGAGAUUGGUCUCAAAGAUUACAAGGUAUCUGCAUAUCCACUAAUGCGAUGGGACAAUUCUAAACAUGCUGGAUUCACUAAAAGUUUGCCUUGGAUAACUCCAGAUUUGGACAGUUACACACCCACUGUUACGCAACAAACUGAUGAUCCACUAUCAACUUUGACAUAUUACUGGAAUCUUGCACAGCUAAGACAUGAAGAACCAUCUCUACAGUUUGGUGACUUCCAUAUUCUGGCAAAUACAACAGACUUCAUUGCAUAUAUAAGACAACAGGAGCUAACAGGAAUUUUAGUUGUCUUGAAUUUUGGUGAUGAAAUUUCAGUAGAUUUCACUGGGGUAUAUUUGCCUGAAUUUGCUGUUCUACUUGCAAAAUCAAGAGGUGUAACACCAUGUCAGGUAAUAAAUUUGCAUGAAAUGAAAAUAGAAGCAAACACAGGAUAUAUUCUGAAAUACUUUAUUAGUGAAUAAUAUUUUAACCAUUGUUUUAACACGUUUUAAAUGAAAAUAUUUAAUGUGUCUGA